AUUUAUUCAUUGUUAUAUGCGUAUUUAUUCAUUGUUGUAUGCAUUUUAAGCACAGUUUUUUUUUUAACAAAUUGUUUUAAAAAUACAUGAAUUAAAAUUACUUAAGACGAAGACUUUUUAAACUCGACGAUGGUUUAUUUAAGAUUUAAAUUUAACUAUUUAUAAUAAUUAUUACCCAAUGGAUGGAAGAGAAAAAAGCAGUGCACAUCGAAAAACAAGGAAAAAUAUUACGAAAGAGCACAUUGAAAUGCUUAAGCAUUUAGUUGAAAGAAAUAAAUCUACAACAAGUAUUUCCACUUCUCUUAAUUUAUCUAAGCGCACAGUUCAAAAUCUUGUUGUUAAGUUAAACAGAGGAGAAUUUGACGACAUGACUGCAUUCAAGUCGUUUUCUGAUAAAAAACGAGGUAAAAGACCUAUAAACAAUCAAAUAAAAAAUAUUAUUGAAUUAUGCGUACAAAAAAAUAAUCUUUGUACGCAAGAAGCAAUAAAAGAGAAUCUUUCUGCAGCAGGCUUCAACAUGUCUCAGCCGACUAUUUCAAGAAAACUCAAACGCUUAGAUUUAUCAAGAAAGCGUGUUGUGCAUGUGCCAGAAGAAAGAAAAAAAGAAUAAAUAGCAGUGGCAACAACAUAAUUUAUAUUUUAAAUAUAUCUAUAUAAAAACA